AUGGAACGAACUGAGACGCACUACGAGGUGCUUGGUCUGUCGCCUGAGGCGACUCUCAGUGACAUUAAAAAGGCAUUCAGGCAUUUGGUGAAGGUGUACCAUCCAGACAAGAAGUCAAGUGGCGCAAAAGCUGAUCAAGAACGAUACCUGCAAAUUCAACAUGCAUUCGAAACCCUUAGCGACACUCGCGCCAGAGAGGACUACGACAGCUCUCUCCGUCGGCACACAGAGAACCGGAAGGCGGGACCUAACAGCAAUGACGCCGAUUUAGAUCAGCGACCAGCGGCCGUCGAACAGCGUUUUGUAACCAGCUUCUACAAGACGGAAAGGCUGGAGGCUACCUCCGAAUUUACCAAAGGCCGCGCGCUGAGGCCAAAAGAAGACGAACUCCAUCGGCAUCAGUGCACGUGGCCGGUCUCUGCGAUUGUCGCAGAUGGUUUGGCGCCGAGCCACCACAGGCGACACAGCGAUGUUGUCUACAACGGUCACGCGGACCAUCAAAUCCCUGCGAGUGGGGGGCACGAAGAACAGUUUAGGAAGCGCCUAGAAGCUUCCGUUCAGGAAAUCGAAAGCCGGGAGAGAUUCCCUAUCAGAGCGACUCGCAUGAAGCUGAAAGACGACCUAGAUUGGGGUGAAGUACUGGUUCGCGUUCUGCAUGCCCCCGUACUCCCUUACGAUCUGGUUAUGAUCCGGGAAGGAUAUGACGUUCUAGGAGCUACAGCACAAACGGAGGACGAACGCCGAGAUAACUGGCCUUUCCAGAAGGCUUCCGUCACGAACGAUGACCCCUCGGCGAAAUCAAACGGUUCAACACAUGAAGUCGUUCUCGGUUGCUCCUGGCUGGCGGAGGUCGUUGACGUUGGCCCAGGUGUAAAAGUCGUUAAACGCGGUGAUUAUGUCAUUCCUCUUGGGGCCGGUCUGGGCUGCUGGAGAGCUGCUUCCGUUUGUGCGGAGCGCGACCUCAUGAUUGUCUCGAAGGAUCUUUUUCCGCGCACUGAAGAGACAGCGGUUGCUAAAGAACUCUUCCUUGCGUAUUACCUCCUCCAGGAAUACACAAGGUCCCUCAGGCCUGGCGAUGCAGUUCUCGUGAACGGUGCAGGCUGUCUCGUAGGACAAAUGAUCGUUCAAUUCUGUCGACUGCUGGGCUUACGCUGCAUCUGCAUAGUUCGGGAUAGUUCUUCUAGUCAGAACCGAUUUGAGUCGAGACAGACCCAGAAGAAAGUCAGCGGACCGGAAGUCUCUCAAUACCUCCGAUCCUUGGGGGCGGAUGAAGUCUUCUCGCCUGGAGUUAACGUUGCCAACGUUCUGACGAAGAAACGCCAGAGUCUCCCUCUGGUGUCAUUUGAACUGAGCGGAGGGAGUCUGGGAGGCCUCACCGCGGCUUCUUGGAUCGCCCGCGGGGGAAAAGUCAUUCUUGUGCAUGCAGCCGGAAUGAUUCCACAGACAAACGACCACUCGGCGAUCCCCUGGAACGAACUGUUGAGCCGCAGCAUUCACCUGGAGUCCUUCUACCUCAAUGGGUGGCUACAAAGCGCGCGCAACCAGCAGAAAAUGAGAUCCGCACUAGAAAGUGUCGGCGCGCUCGUUAGAGCAGGGAAACUCGUUGUGGAUCUCGCUGAGCCCAUCGACUUCACUGCCGAGUUGGGUACUGACGGUGUUUCAGCUGCUUUGCUUGCGCUAAACGAAGACAACAGCGGCAGCUGCUUCCGGCAGCCAAUGAUAUCCUUCGCAUCGUUGGAGACCGAACGAUUGCUCUUUGAAGAGGAGCAGCAGAAAACGCUUCUCCGAGAGCAACAGGCCAGGCAGGCACAAGAAUCUCUUUUCGCACAAAGCACCCGCAACGCUAGUAUCGACAGCACGAGGCACGCUUCUGAGGACAAGGCGUCCGAGCGACCUAACUUUUCAGUAGCCGUCACGACUGAUGGAGAAGGCCUCUCUUUUCUCGAGCUGGCUCCGGAGCAAACGUUCAUUGGAAAUAGGAUGGCGACGAUCUUCCAUGCUGGGCAACAACGAGGUUGUCUGAUCUGCUCGCACGCGAAUCACCUGGUACCAGAGUGCCCUUUGGACAGCGCAACCGGUCCCAAGCAGCAAGUCGCCUUGGCGUUUCCCGUUGAGGCGGUGGUGUGCCUUGGGGCGCCUCUACUGGCCGAGCGAGUUCUUCAGUUUCUUGUCAGCCGAGCCGACAAUCACGCUAAACAGGUGAAGAUCUUCUUUCUGUUCGGCUCGAAAGACAAAGAGUGUCCUGCCUGGAGCCAGGAAGAAUGGCGAAGAGCAUUCGAAGAUCGCGGUUACUGUGUGACGAGAGAAACGAUUCUUGACGGCACGCACGAGACGGACGACCGAACCCUUGCGCAUGUUGCCGCUGUUUUUUCUAUUCUGAGGCUCGAAUGA